AUGAGAAGUGCUCGGGUCCUGGUCGCCUGGGAAACCCCGAGACAACAAGAUGGCGGCGCCGCGGGACGGCUCGCUGGCCCCGUGGAGUCCCUGACAGUGAACCUCAAGACUAGAGCUAUGAGCUCACCUCUGGCCUCUCUUAGCAAGACGCGGAAGGUGCCCCUAGAGUCGGAGUCUGUGAAUCCUGGGAGGCGAGGGAUAAAAAUCUACGGAAAUGAAGAUGAGGUAGACAUGUUGAAUGAUGGCCAAGACUCAGAAGAGAAGAUCUCUCUGCCCUCCUGCUAUGGAGGCAUCGGCGCCCCCGUGGGCAGGCAAGGCCUUGUAUUCCAUGACUCGGAGCUGAUGACUUCCAUGGCCAGGAAGCUGCAGGAGCUGGAGCAGCAGUUGAAGGCUCAGAAUGAUGAGAUGCUGUCCAAGGAGCAGAAGAUCCUGGCCCUGGAGGAUUUGGUGCAGACCCUCCAGCAGCACCAGAACAGUACAACCCUGCAGAGGCAGGAGGAGCUGGAGACACAGUGCAUUCAGCUGCAACGGCAGGUUGGCGAGAUGGAGCACACGGGAGGCAGAGGGAGGCGAAUCUCUGUGAGUUUGAGGCCAGCCUGGUCUACAAAGCAAGUUCUAGGACAGCUAUACAAAUCCUGUCUUGAAAAAAGCAAGAAAGAAAAGAAAACAAAGUCUAGCAUGGAGACGACUCUUCCCCCGGCUGGGAAAGGCUCGAGGUUCCUCAGUGACUAUGGCCUGCAGUGGGUGGGCGAGCCCAUGGACCAGGAGAACUCAGAGGAAAAGACAGUCUCUGAAAAUGAUGAGCGAGACUGGAUGAAGGCCAAGAAGUUCUGGAAGCCAGGGGAUUCUCUUGUGCCCCCCGAGGUGGACUUUGACAGACUGCUGGCCAGUCUACAGGAUCUGAGUGAGCUGGUGGUGGAGGGAGAGGCCCAGGUGACACCAGUGCCUGGUGGGGCUCAGUUCCGUACCCUAGAGCCCAUCCCGCUGAAGCUCUACCGGAAUGGCAUUAUGAUGUUUGAUGGGCCCUUCCGGCCCUUCUACGAUCCCUCCACGCAGCGCUGCCUCCGGGACAUACUGGAUGGCUUCUUUCCCUCAGAGCUGCAGCGGCUGUAUCCUGAUGGAGUCCCCUUUAAGGUAAGCGACCUGCGAAAUCAGGUCUACCCAGAGGAUGGUCUGGGCCCAUUCCCAGGUGAAGGUCGUGUGGUGGGCCGUCAGAAAAUGCGCAAGGUCACAGACAGGGUGGAGGAGAACUCAGGCUCAAGAAUGACUGCUGAGAAGUUUCUGAACAGGCUUCCCAAGUGUGUGAUCCGACAAGGCGAGGUGAUUGACAUCCGGGGCCCCAUCAGGGACACCUUGCAGAACUGCUGCCCAAUGCCUGCCCGGAUCCAGGAGAUCAUAGUGGAGACCCCUGCCUUGACUUCUGAGCGGCAGAGGACCCUGGAGUCACCCGACAUGCCGAUGCCUCCGCUCUCCAUGCUGCGCAUCAGGUCCGAGAAUGGAGAGCAGGCCUUCCUGUUGAUGAUGCAGCCUGAGGACACUAUUGGCGACGUGCGAAACCUCUUAGCACAGGCCAGGGACAUGGAUUCCACUGCCUUUGAGAUCUUGAGCACCUUCCCACCCACGGUGUACCAGGAUGAUGCGGUGACUCUGCAGGCCGCAGGCCUGGUUCCCAAUGCAACGCUGCUGUUACGGACUCGACGAGCCCUGCUGUCGAACCCCGGCUUUGGGACUGGCUCUCGCCCAGGCUCACUGACCUGAAUAAAGUGCCGCCCUUAACAUCC